GGCAACCAAUAACCUCAAUCAACCUUACUAAGUAAUGUGCUCAAUUUGAACCUCACGAUUUGUUUUUCACUACUAAUCCUCUUCAUUUGCGUGUUUCAACAGAGUAUGGCCCUGCUUGUAUAAUGAAUGUCUGCCGUGUCUCUCUCGUCUUCAAAUUGCACCAGUUUUUUCGACUGGUUUGCUGAAAACUGGUCUCGGCAUGGUGGAGAUUAUAUAGCAGAAAUCCUAAUGGUAAGUUGGUCUAUAUGGAAAGCUCGCAACAACCUCAUUUGGAAUAAUCGUGUUAGUUCUGCAGCUGAUGUAGUUUCUACAACUCACCAAUCACUUGGACAAUGGCUUUCUGCACAAAGCCUACGGUUUGAGCCAAUAUUUCUAAAUUCCAAUUGCACCAGCAGCUGCAAUUCCUGGUCCAAACCAGCCGAAGGAAUGACCAAAAUCAAUGUUGAUGGAGCUACAUUUGAUGCUACCAACUCUUUUAGCACAGGAUUCAUAGCUCGAGACUCUAAUGGGGCUGUUAUCUUGGCUUCUUCUACCUACUCGUAUGGCUUCUCUAAUGCUCCUUUCGCUGAAAUAAUUAGCAUAAAAGAAGCCUUGAGUUGGAUAAAAGACUCACAACUGACGAAUGUGGUGAUCGAGACGGACUCCCUUACUGCCGUUCAAGCUUUGCAAAGUCAAAUUGAUAUGCCUUCAAUGUUUGGAAUUGUUGUAAAAGACUGCAAAGUUUUAUUGUCUUCUUUAUUUAAUGUAACUGUUUCUCAUGUUAAACGAUCUGCUAACAAGGCUGCCUAUUGUUUGGCUCGUGGCUCUUGUUAUUGGUCUGAUCGUAGUUUUUCGGAGAGUACUCUUCCUAGUACUCUCAAAUCGAUUGUGAUUGCGGAUUUGAAUUAA